AUGGACUCCGGGAAAUCAUCCAAGCAACACAAUGAAACCCAAACAGCAUGUCGCCAACGACACCUCACCGAGCUCAACCUCGACCACAUCGACGGGAAGAAGCUUCUCAGAAAAAUGGACCUCCACCUCAUGCCGAUGCUGACCCUCCUGUACCUAUUUUCAUUCCUCGACCGGGGAAACAUCGGCAACGCCCGAAUCGAAGGCAUGGAGGAUGAUCUACACCUAGGAGGAACACAAUACAACUGGGCUCUCACGGUCUUUUUCUUCACCUACACCGUCUUCGAACUGCCCUCGAACCUGAUAAUGCAGAAAGUACGCCCAUCCAUAUGGAUUCCCUCGCUGAUGGUAGCAUGGGGGACUGUCAUGACCCUAAUGGGCAUCGUCACCGAUUACAACGGGCUUCUUAUCGCCCGGGUCUUCCUCGGCGUUGCAGAAGCCGGAAUCUACCCGGGAGUAACCUACUACAUCACCAUGUGGUAUUCUCGACACGAAGCGCAGUUCCGCCAAGCCCUAUGUUUCAGCGCUGCAAGCAUCGCAGGGGCAUUUUCGGGCUUACUCGCGUUUGCGAUCGGAAAAAUGAACGGCGUCGGCGGAUACUCCGGAUGGCGGUGGAUCUUCAUCAUCGAAGGACUAGCCACGGUGCUGGUGGCCGUCAUGGCCUACUUUGUGCUCUACGAUUACCCGGAUACAGCAUCGUUUCUGACCCCCGACGAACGAGCAUGGGUACUGCGUCGUCUAAGAAUCCAAUUCUCGAAUAGUGGCAACGUGGUGCCUGAGACGAUCGAGUUCAAGUGGAAGUAUGUCUGGGACGCGGCUACGGAUUGGCAGGUGUAUAUGGCUAUAUUGAUAUACUUCUCCGCCGUCUGUCCACUAUACGGUAUCUCAUUCUUCCUCCCCACCAUCAUCCGCGAUCUGGGAUAUACAUCCUCCACGGCACAGCUCCUCACAGUACCCCCCUACAUCACCGCCGCUAUAGCAGCCAUCCUGGCAGCCUGGUUCUCCGACCGUAACGGCGAACGCUCUCCUCUCCUCCUCUUCCACGUCGGCUGCAUCGUCGCCGGAUUCUUCGUCUGUCUGGCAGGGUCUCAGCGCUGGGUUCCAGGCCUCGUAUAUUUCGGCGUCUUCCUUGCAAUCCUAGGAAUCUACCCCGCCAUCCCCGCCCUAAUAACCUGGUUAAGCAGCAACCUCGCCGCCGAACAUAAACGAUCCGCCGGAAUGGCCAUUCAUAUUGGAUUAGGGAAUUUCGCUGGCGCAAUGGCCUCCCACUUCUACCGCACGCGCGACGCCCCACAAUACAUCCUGGGCCAUGCACUGGAACUCGCGUUCGGGAUACUAGGUGUCGUGGCGAUUGUGAUUACUCGGUAUGCGUAUGGGGGGAUUAAUCGGCGGAGAGUGGAUAGGUUGGUGGAAUUGAGGCCGGAGUUUUCGGUUAGGGAGUUGGGGGAGUUGGGGGAUAGGGCGUUGACGUUUAGGUAUAUGUUGUAG